GCAAGAAAGCUCUUGGAUAUACAGUAUACUAUAGAAGCAGAAGCAAAGGAAUUUCACUUCAUUGAGGAUGAAAUUCACGGACUCGCCAGUGAUCGAGCUCCCGGUGCGCGAUGCCGUCCUCUCCAUCCAACAAGACAAUGGUUCUAUGCACGUGGGCACCUCCGUGUGGCCUUGCUCCCUUGUCCUCGUCAAAUUCGUCGAGCGUUGGUUGCUGUAUGACGCCUCGUCUCCCUCCACACCUAACCCCUACGCCCACCUUCUCAGCUUUUCCGGCAAGCGAGGCAUCGAGCUCGGCACCGGCUGUGGCCCCGCCGGCAUGGGACUCUCCUUACUGGGCCUGGAAAUCGUCCUCACAGACAUAGCUCCAGUCAUGCCGGCCCUCAAACGCAACCUCAAGCGCAACAAACCCACGCUUGGGAAAACCCUUAAGACCGCCCAGCUUUACUGGAACAACGCUGCCCAGAUCGAAUCCUUAAAACCUCCUUUCGAUUUCGUCGUCGCGGCAGAUGUUGUUUAUAUUGAAGAGUCUGUCUCCCAACUUAUUUCUGCCAUGGAAUCUCUUGUUGGGGAUCAUGGUGUCAUUCUGCUUGGAUACCAAUUGAGGUCGCCAGAAGCUCACCGCUUGUUCUGGGAGCUCUGCGAGAAAGCUUUCAAGAUCGAAAAGGUCCCUCACGAGCAUUUGCAUCCGGAGUAUGCUUACGAGGAGGCGGCUGUGUAUAUAAUGAGGAAGAAAUGAACAAAAUGAGAAAAAAGGAAUUUUCUUAUUGUCUCAGGUACAACUUUAGGUAAUUCUAAGUCUGAAAUCUGAAUUCUGGUUUCCUUGAAUCUCUGAGAAUUUACAUAAUUUAUGUAUAAACUCAAGGAUAUAUUUAGUGUGGUGCAAAUCAGAAACUGUGAGAUAGCUGGAAUUUUUCCACAUUAUUUUCGGUGUGGUUUUGUCUGUCAUACACUUCUGUAUAUAUUGAUAUAUCUUGGAUUAUGUUUUAUAUGAGCUUAAUGAAUCCUGUUCAAUGUUACCAAGUUGCUCCA